AUGGGUUACCUAGAUCUGCCUUAUAGUCCAGAGCCUGUGGUGUUUCCACGCAUCGUUCAGGUAUCUGAUGCCAAGGUAUCUCAGGAAGGCCAUGUGGCUAUCACUCGACGGAAAAGGAACAUCCUAUUUCCAAGUGGAGUCAAACUGUGCGCACAAGAGACAGUUCAGCAGGUGGUUGCAAACCAUCUGAGCUACUUUCAUCUCAGAGUGUGCCAGGAGACCAUAUGGGAGGCUUUCAAGAUCUUCUGGGACCGCCUCCCAGAGCAAGAAGAGUACCAAAGCUGGAUGAACCAGUGCCAGGAGGGAACAGUCAUGGCAAAAGAUAUUGGCAGCUACUUCAGCCAAUCAGAAGAGCACCAGGCUCUGGUUAAAAAGAGAAUGUCACGGACAGGUUUGAAAAGUGCUCCGACACCAGCUACACCGGAAGCUGCUCCUGAGCAAGAACACAAAGCUGAUGGAGAAGAAGAGGGGGAAGCAGCUGCUGUUGUCCCAGAGGUUGAGGAGAGUCCACUGGACAAUGACAUCGGCCUGCAGCCUCCCACUCCCCCAGUGCUGGAGCAGGUAGUGGAGCUGAGCAUCCACCUGAAUGGACAGAUGUAUAGCGAUGACCUUGGCAAUCCAGCCAGCCUGCAGUACCAAACACUGAGCAGACAGCUUGCUGAAAGGAUAGAGGAUGCGUUGGUGGGGCUUCCUGGAUUUAAGACUGUGUCCGUGCUGGACUUCAGGCCCCAAAAGGAUGUCCAAGGGCUGGAUGGCAUUGUGGUGGACUAUGCCGUAACAGUGGUGGUGGAUGGUGCUGGUGUGAGCACUGAACAACUGGACUACCUGACCCUGCAGUCUAACCUGGUGGAGAACUCAUACCAUGAGGUCAAAGAAAUUCCUACAGUGAUCUACACCAUCACCGAGUUUAAAAACGUUGGCACUGAAGCCCUGCAUAAGGACGAGUUGGAGGAGAGCGUGUCUGAGAUCCCUGUGUCUGUCAAUACUGCAGACGGAGCCACGGCCACACCAGUUCAGGUCAGUGUUGCUGAUGAGCCACCAGAGGUCUUGAUCCUGGAGGAGGACACAGAGGAUGUCAACGACGAAUUCCUGCCUGAGUUGCCUGAAAGCAACACAGCGACAACAGCAGAAAAUGAUGUCAUUGUUCUGGAGGAGAGUGCUGUUAUACCCGCUGCUCCUGUCCUGACCACCGAGGCACCUGAAGCUGGCAGUAUUGAGGAGGAAGGUCUGCUGCUGGAGGAGACUCUGCAGACUGCUGAUGUAGAGAUCUCCCCAGAAGAGGAGCUUCCAGCUGAGCUCCCCCCUCCUGAGCUGCCAGAGGUCAUCACACUGCCUGAACCGCCAGUGGAGAUCGAGGCCUCUGGCUCAGGCACAGGGGACCUGGACGACCUGCUCCCUCCAUCUACACCAACAGUAGCAGAGGAAGACAUUUCUCUUGACGAGACAGCUUCAGAAGAUGUGUUGAUACCAGAAGAUGUCGGCAUAGAUGCAGGUGAUAUCUCUGACAAGGAAAUGGAGGAGGUUGAGGUUGAGGUUGCAGUAGUGGAAGAGGAGCAUACUGCAGAAGACGUGGAAGCUCCAGAAGAGGAGCAUCUGGAUGAGGUUGUUGUUAAUGAGGCAGAGAGUCCAGAGGAGCUUGAGAUCUCCACAAUUUCAAAUGAGACCACAGAAGGAGAAGGUCUGACUGCAGUACUCCCGACCCCAGAUGCUGUAGAUGUAGUGAGUGAAGCAUCAGAGCCAGAGGCAGCAGAAACUACUCUGCUUCCUGUUGGCGAAGACUCAGUGGAGUCAGUAGAAGAUUCAAACCUCACAGAUGUUCUACUUGUAGAUGAGGAAGUUAAUACUGAACAGCCUGAGGAAGACAGUAAUGUGGUUUUGUCCUAUCCUGAGGAACCUGUGUUAGAAGAGGGUGGCAUGGAGGCACCGACAGAGAGCGAGAGACAAGAGGUGAUUGAAGAGACUCCACCUGAAGCUCCAGCUGUAGUGGAAGGGGGCCCAGAAGCUCCACAGAUCUCAACUGAGGAUCUUACAGAGGAUGAGAUCCUAAUAGUCAACCAGGAUGAACAAGAACCACCAGUGACAGAUUCUCUAAGUCCUAUCCAACCAACUGUCCUGUCUCCAGAGAAGGAGUCGCCUUUUACCCGUAUAUCUGACGUUAAUCCUGCCUCCGAUGGGCAACCUGACAUCAUCAUUCCUACACUGGUGGAGAUUCAGACCCUUGACGAAGAUUUGGAUGAUGCCUCCCUUGAAGACCAGGGCUUUGAUGUGGUUCAUUAUGGUUAUGGUUUGAUCAACCACACAGAGGAGGGCAGCACUGGAUUUCCAAUCAGUGUGGGACAUGGCACAGACCAGGCCAGUAUCGCUAUGCCUGUAAAUCCAGGACGAGCACUGAUGGUGUUCUUCAGCUUGAGGGUGACCAACAUGAUCUUCUCAGACGAUCUCUUUAACAAGAGUUCCCCAGAGUACAAAGCUUUGGAGCAACGCUUCAUAGAACUGCUUGUGCCCUACCUGCAGUCCAACCUGACCAACUUUCAGAACCUGGAGAUCCUGAACUUUAGGAACGGGAGCAUUGUGGUCAAUAGCCGGAUGAAAUUUGGCAAACCUGUUCCUCAAGGCGUCACCACAGCUGUCUAUCUGAUCCUGGAAGACUUCUGUAACACAGCCUACCAGACCAUGAACCUGGCCAUCGAUAAGUACUCGCUGGAUGUUGAGUCAGGAGACAAGGCAGACCCCUGUAAAUUCCAGGCGUGCAACGAGUACGCAGAGUGUAAGGUGAACAAGUGGUCGGGGGAGGCAGAGUGCGUCUGUAACCCUGGUUACUUCAGCGUGGAUAGCCUACCCUGUCAGAGUAUUUGUGAGCUCAGGAACGACUUUUGCCUCAAUGACGGCAAGUGUGACGUCAUCCCAGGCCAGGGAGCCAUCUGCAGGUGUCGGGUUGGGGAGAACUGGUGGUACCGAGGAGAGCACUGUGAGGAGUACGUGUCCGAGCCACUCGUGGUCGGUAUAGCAAUCGCCUCUGUAGCUGGAUUCCUAUUGGUGGCCUCUGGUGUGAUCUUCUUCCUCGCCAGGACGUUACGAGAUCAGUAUGACAAGGAUGAGUCAGAGGACCCUAUUCGGCGAGCAGAGUCUCUCCCAUCUCUAGAGAGGGCGACCAAGUACAACCCCAUGUUUGAGAGCGAGGCCACCACAGGCUACAGCAACUACUACCGCCGCUAUCCCGAGGCUCCUGUCUACAGCAGUGCCAGCGCUGAAGCCUCCACUGACUUUAGCAGCGAGGAGAUACGACACAUUUAUGAGAACAGUGAACUGACCAAGGAGGAAAUCCAAGACAGGAUACGCAUCAUUGAGCUCUACGCUAAGGAUCGGCAGUUUGCAGAUUUUGUGCGGCAUCAUCAAGCUGUUCUGGAUACGCGAGAGAGCUCCUCAACAUAG